CAAAUGUGUGUCUUGUGAAUAGCUAAAUGGUCUUCACACAGCAAAUGUUUGGUUGAAACGGCAGAACAUGAACGUCCACUAUAUGUGGAGACGUCACAGAAUAGCGUACCAAAGCUGCUCCCUUUGAGCUAGUGAUGCAGAAAAGACCUAUCUUUGUUUAGAAAAUGAUUUUCAAAGAUCCAAUACAAAAAAUGGCCAUAAAGCUGAUAUUUAUUACAGCACAGGCAAUAAUAAAUAGUAACACUAUAGAGACAGUAAAGCGUUAUUGUUACAUAAAUCAAUGAGUACACAUUCACAGAAUGAUUUUAAGUUGGUGCACAGUCUCAGGACAAGACGAACCUGGCGUGUCCAAUAUAGGUUGCUAUUGAAAGCUUUCCCCUGAUGCUUGUCUUAAAAGGAUACUCUACAUGCCAUAACUGCUCAGACGUACUAAAGUUGAUUCACCCUGUGGCGGAACUUACCACCAAUUUCAUGUUUUUUCCCCUCAUUUUGGCUGUUUUACCCUUUUCUGUUCAGGAGUACUGCAUACAAACGAUAUCCAUUCGUCUCCCAAACAAGGACCACCCCUGUACUCCAUUAGAACGUUCACAACAGCAACUUAAGUUCGAAAUCGCAAGGGAAGUAAUUAAUGAAUGCUGCCCCUGGGUGGCCCGCCAUUUCAAUAACCAAACGCACGUGGUCGACAAAAGAAUGGCAGCCAUCUUUUCUCCUGAACGUGGGCAGCGGUACUUGGUCGUCCAGUGCCUGGAACGCUUUUUGGCGAGACACUCGCAUGAACAGCCGUAAAGAUUACAACGCUGUAUGUUCCAUUUCCCGACCACCUAUACGAACGACGUUCGGGAGAUAUGAACUACCGAACAGGGGGAGCAUUUGUAUGCUGAAACACACAGGAACCGCCGAACAGAGAUCGACCAGGACACCUACUUCCCUGGAACUGUUUUGGACUACCGCCUUGUGUCCAGCCAGUCAAAACUUUACCUUUCACCGAACCGAUCUGAUAGGAUUGGAUAGGUUAUACAGUCAGAUCGGGCUAUCCGGGGAUGUACUUUUUGUGGGGUUCCUGAGUAUGGUGGGGGGCACUUUUGGGGUACUGUAUAUUUUGUAUGGAUUUUCUGUACCUCAGAGAUAAUUGGAUUAUAGACUAUUCUCACGCAAUUAUCUCUCAGGCACAGAGGAUCCUGGGAUUGAAAACCCUGUAUUUGUGUGUUGGAGACCACAUGUAGGGGUCUAGGCAUAAAAGCCGAGUGGCCUGAAUAAAAUCAGUUGACUCCCAGAACUAUGUUUCGUCUGGUUACCGGGGGAAUGGAUGUCUGCAGGUUUUAAUGGUUCCAGAGUAGCUGAGUGAAGGCAUUAGCGGAGGUAACCGGUCGGGUUACCUGUGAUCCGCUACACACCCUAACUCAGUGCUAUACCCAGCUCUAUACUUAGCCUCACUCAGUGCUACAUCCAGCCUCAUUCACACUCAUUCAGUGCUAUAACCACCCUGACUCAGUCCUGUACCUAACCUUAUUUACCCUCACUCAAUGCUAUAACCAGCAUCAUUCACACUCAGUGCUAUACCUGGCCUCACUCAGGGCUACACCCGGCCUCAUUCACAUUCACUCAGGGCUAUACCUAGCCUCAUUCACACUUGCUGAAUGCUAUACCUAGCCUCAUUCACACUCGCUCAAUGCUAUACCAAGCCUCAUUCACACUCGCUCAAUGCUAUACCUAAGCCUCAUUUACACUCGCUCAAUGCUAUACCUAGCCUCAUUUACACUCGCUCAAUGCUAUACCUAGCCUCAUUUACACUCGCUCAAUGCUAUACCUAGCCUCAUUCACACUACGCUCAAUGCAUGCUACCCUAGCCUCAUUUACACUCGCUCAAUGCUAUACCUAGCCUCAUUUACACUCGCUCAAUGCUAUACCUAGCCUCAUUUACACUCGCUCAAUGCUAUACCUAGCCUCAUUUACACUCGCUCAAUGCUAUACCUAGCCUCAUUUACACUCGCUCAAUGCUAUACCUAGCCUCAUUUACACUCGCUCAAUGCUAUACCUAGCCUCAUUCACACUCGCUCAAUGCUAUACCUAGCCUCACUCACACUCGCUCAAUGCUGUAGCCAGUCUCAUUCACACUCAGUGCUACACCUAGCCUCACUCACACUCAGUGCUACACCUAGCCUCACUCACACUCAGUGCUACACCUAGCCUCACUCACACUCAGUGCUACACCUAGCCUCAUUCACACUCAGUGCUACACCUAGCCUCAUUCACACUCAGUGCUAUACCUAGCCUCACUCACACUCGCUCAAUGCUAUACCUACCCUCAUUCACACUCGCUCAAUGCUAUACCUAGCCUCAUUCACACUCACUCAAUGCUGUAGCCAGUCUCAUUCACACUCAGUGCUAUACCUAGCCUCAUUCACACUCAGUGCUACACCUAGCCUCACUCACACUCAGUGCUAUACCUAGCCUCACUCACACUCGCUCAAUGCUACACCUAGCCUCACUCACACUGGCUCAAUGCUACACCUAGCCUCACUCACACUCGGUGCUAUACCUAGCCUCACUCACACUCGCUCAAUGCUACACCUAGCCUCACUCACACUGGCUCAAUGCUACACCUAGCCUCACUCACACUCAGUGCUACACCUAGCCUCACUCACACUCAGUGCUACACCCAGCCUCACUCACACUCAGUGCUACACCCAGCCUCACUCACACUCAGUGCUACACCCAGCCUCACUCACACUCAGUGCUACACCCAGCCUCACUCACACUCAGUGCUACACCCAGCCUCACUUGUCCUCAAGUAGUUGUGGUCCUGGCACUGUUUGUCUCCCGGCAUGCCGCGCGGUGGCUGCAGUGGUUGUGGUGGUGUCGGCCGGUCUCCCGGCAUGCCGCGCGGUGGCUGCAGUGGUUGUGGUGGUGUCGGCCGGUCUCCCGGCAUGCCGCGCGGUGGUUGUGGUGUUAGUCAGUCGGUCUCCCGGCAUGCCGCGCGGUGGUUGUGGUGUUAGUCAGUCCGUCUCCCGGCAUGCCGCGCGGUGGUUGUGGUGUUAGUCAGUCGGUCUCCCGGCAUGCCGCGCGGUGGUUGUGGUGUUAGUCAGUCCGUCUCCCGGCAUGCCGCGCGGUGGUUGUGGUGUUAGUCAGUCGGUCUCCCGGCAUGCCGCGCGGUGGUUGUGGUGUUAGUCAGUCCGUCUCCCGGCAUGCCGCGCGGUGUUUGUUUGUCUCCCAGCAUGCCGCGCGGCUCCCCCCUCCCGGAAGUGCUCGGCUCUCAGUGCAGGCAUUUCCGCUGAGGUCACCGGCCGGACUCCAUUAGUGCUGCGGCUGAGGGCAGCUCCUGUGACAGCCCCGAGCGGCGGAUCCCCCUCCCUCCUCCCCGCUCCCCUCACCUCCUCCCGGGAGGGGGACACUCAGCUCGGCCCCCCCGGACACCAACCACGGCCGCUCCCCGUGACAGAACUCUGGCCUCCGCUUCCUCCUCCUCCGACUCGGACACCGCAUCACCUCCCCCGCGGAAGAAACCCCGAGCCUCGGCGGCGGAGGAGGCAGGAGAGCCCGGGGCUUCGGCGGCCAUCGCAGGCCAGGCGGCGCGGGGCGGCAUGCAGGCUAACGGGGCAGUGGGUGCGGGGGCUGCGGACCCGGCGUCGGCGGCAGGGAGCGGCUCCCCCUCCUGUCUGACGGCUCACAACGGGGAGACCUCGGCCGGGGACAUCGCUCACUCCAACGGCCUCAACAGCAGCAACGGGCUCCCGGGGGCCUCCUCCGCCGAGCAGCCCGGCCUCAGGAAGAAGAAACGGCUGAGCCAGGCCGAGGAGGACGUGAUCCGCCUCAUAGGACAGCACCUCACCGGCCUGGGCCUCGAGUGAGUGUCUGCCUGCCUGCCUGGGGGGGGGAGGGAGAGAGUGAGGGUCCGGAGGCUCACUGAGUGUCUGCCUGUCUGGGGGGGAGGAGUGAGUGUCCGGGGACCCCCUGAGUGUCUGCCUGGGAGGGGGAGGAGUGAGUGUCCGGGGACCCCUGAGUGUCUGCCUGGGAGGGGGGAGGGGAGGAGUGAGGGUCCGGGGAACCCCUGGGAGUGUCUGGCCUGUCUGGGAGGGAGUGAGUGUCCGGGGACCCCUGAGUGUCUGCUGGGAGGGGGAGGGAGUGAGUGUCCGGGACCCCCUGGAGUGUCUUCGUCUGGGGCAAAGAGAGUGUCCGGGGACCCCCGAGUGUCUGCCGCCUGGGAGGGGGGGGGGAGGAGUGAGUGUCCGGGGACCCCCUGAGUGUCUUUCUGGGGAGUGUGUGUCCGGGGGCUCACUGAGUGUCUGUCUGAGGAGUGAGUGUCCGGGGACCCCCUGAGUGUCUGCCUGAGGAGUGAGUGUCUGUCCGGGGAGUGAGUGAGUGAGUGUCUGCCGAGUGAGUGUCCGGGGCUCACUAAGUGUCUGUCUGGGGAGUGAGUUACCGUAAGCAAGGACUUCAGACUUGAACGAGUCCCCGUGUAGACAGGCCACUCAUUGGAUGUUGAGUGAGUGGACUAAAACGGCCUGAAUCUCGAGUGUGUGUCCAUACAUAUAUAAAGGCCUGAGCCUCGAAUGACGGUGUAAACAAGGGCCUGGACCAAGUCCCUGACUGUUUACUGGCAAUGAGUGACUGUAAACAAGGGCCUGAAGUGUAGUGUACAGGGGGUGAGUGGAUGCCUGAGUGUUUUGGGUUAUGCUUGAGUUUGCCAGGCUCCAUGGGAGUGAGAGUCUACUAUUGAGCCUGACAUAUGAUUCUGUAUUCAGUCUCUCUGUGUGCAGGACAAGACUGUCAGUGUAUCAUCUGGGACCUCAUCUGUUAAUAUAGUACUAUCUAUUCCGCUGCUUAUUGUGAGGAGAAAAUUGAGUAAUAAAAGUGUAUUCAUUAAAGUGUUUGAUUCCCUAAAUAUUGAGUUGAAAAUGUAAUCCAACAUUGCAGGUCUACCCAGGGCUAUCUAUCAAUUACAAUGCCUUGGGCUCAAGUUAGUGUCUGGACUCCGGGUAUUAAUCUCAAAAUGUCUCUAUACAAAGACUAUGCUUUUCACUGUUUGUAUGUAAUCGAUACACAAACACUCACAGAAAUAGUGAACUAUAUGCAUAAAGAGAGGGACAGGUAGGGCCUCAAUUGAGUUUGUGUAAAUAAUACCUGUGUCACUACUAACUUCAAAUACUUUGCCUGGACCUCUAGUGAGUAUGCAUGGCCUGAGACAGAACACCUAUUCUGUAUAGAAACCUGUAACUGCAUAAUGUACAAAACAACUGUAGUUGUAUAGAGAGUAUGAGACUUCCAGAACCCAUCUAUUCACAGCACAAUACGUGCAAGCCCUCUGUGAAUGUGAAGAAACCUCUUUACUGCGAGGUACGGCUCUGAAUUCAGUGUCCAUAAUUACAAAGAGAAUCCCUAUAUGGUGAAUUCACUAUUUAAAUCCAGAAUGUUGUAUCAAAACCAAUGAAGCUCAAGGGAGUUUGUGUUGAGAUGCUAGGGAAUUGUGAGCAUCUGCAUGUACAUAAGGAGGUCUGUUUGACAUCAAAAUAAAUAUAUAUAUAUCUCAAGGCCUGGGCUUGAAUUUUGCACCUGCAUAUAACGUUUGCAUCCACUACAGGGGUAUAGUGAUUUAUGGCCUGGUUUCCAUGUUUAAGUAUAAGAGCUGAUCAUCUUUCUGCGAUUGUCUCAUUACAUAUUUGAGCAUAGUCCUAUACCUUAUUUUGUGAAGAUACCUGCUAUAUUGGUUGAUAUUUUACAAAUAUAAGUUUAUUUUAGUUGUGUGUGUUUGAAGGAUCAAUAAAACUCACUGUGUGUGUGUAUGUAUAUCAAGAUCUGUUUAUGGUAUGCAAGGAGACAGAUGUUGAUGGAUGACUUAAAACCCCUGUCUAUUUACAACAAGGCUCACAUCAAGUCAUUCUUAUCUGAACGAAUAACACACAUAAUUGUAUAUGUUCUUCUGCUUGGUCCUUUAUAUUUCUCUGUACAGGUACUUAGAACUGUUUGGUUAUCUGCGCUCUAGUUGGAGUAAUAUUGACAUAAAAAUAUUGUGUGGUUUUAUUUUGGAUGUGAUUAUGCUAAUCUCAGUAAUUAUAAGGUGGAUGAAUGUUCUGGGCCUGUACAGACUAACACCUUAACAACCAGGGUUUAGGCAAAUCUAUUUGUAUCAUGAUUAGCCUGGCAUGUCACUGCUGCUUAAGGGUUAAUGUGUAGUCUGAAAUGUGUGUUUAAACAGAUGGUCUUUCACUUGCUCAGGCAUGCAGUAUAUGUCAUCCCUCAAAUGCAGAGCUCUAGAUAGAAUGGACCAGGCCUUGUUUUACCUGUCCUACAAAUCAUGUGAUCACUUGCAGUAUUUGUAUUUUGGAAAUUGUGCAUUGGUGUUGGUCUUGAGUCAGCCAAUUAUGAACACAAUUGAUUGUUUAUGGAGGGGAUUGUUUUCUGUCUCUGUGUGUAUACAUUGUAACAGACUGGAAUGUGCUAGUAGCUGCUAAUGCAUGGGAAUUAUUUUGAGCGGCACACCUUAUGUUCUUGUUGUUCCAUAUAUUAAUUUUGAAGGGUGUUCGCUUUGCCUGUUUAGCAGAUUUUGGGAUUUAUAUUGUCACAGUAUUUCUAAAUUAAUUUCAUGUCCAUCUCAAAACACUUGUAUGGCUGUUGCUAUGAAGUCUGCAAAUGUAACCAUCUUCUUGUAAAGAUAGCUUUUCAUUUGGGCAUGUCCCUGUGUAUUGCAAUGUUUUCAUUUUGCUUCGAGCAUCGAAGAGGUUAAUGAAUGCCUGCCCCCUAAAGGUUGUUAAGGGAGGGUGAUGUUUACAUCUAGUAGUGGGUCUAGGAAGAGGAGGCCUUACACAGUCCUGGUGACACUGUAGAGGAGGAGGGUUGCUUAGUGCUGUAUGUUGGGGGAGGUGCAGGAUUAGAGGAAUCCGUGGACUCUGGGGGUCUUACUGCCAUCUGAGGGAAUAAAUAUGUCUGUUGAUCCUUUUAUUACAUAAUUAGUCUCUUCACUGCAGCGUUUUACAAAGUAAUGCCAGUCUUGCUCAAUAUGAGAAUGAUACGUGUACACAAUGGGCUGUAUCUUUAGUUAACCAGUUAGUGAAUAUGAUUGAAGAUGUCUUGUCUUCAACUUCAUAACAACCUCUCAUUUCUUUUUACUAAAAUCUAUUGUGCUGUCUGUUCAAUGUAGAGUACAUUCAGCAUGGAACACUUUAUAGCUACUAGGCUGUAAAAUCAUCUGGUUUUAAACACUCUUAUAAUAAUGAUGACGUGCCAACUGAUGUCAGGAUUUAGAUUAUAUUUGCGAUCAGAACACCACAUCACCCAGUUUGUUAGGUGUCAUGGUUGUGUGCAUGUCAGAUCAGGGGAACUCGCCACCAAAUAUCAGGGGUUUUGUGCGUAUAAUCAGGGACCCCCCCAUGCCUGAUUUCAGUGGUGGCGUGUUUUUCACCACCCAAUAUCAGGGAUUGUGAGAGAUUUGGGAAACUCGACACCUCAUGUCAGGGUGUGUGGAUAUUUACGUGUAAAAUCCUCACAACCCCUUAGGGUUUGUGUGUGAAAACAGGGAAACCCAACACCCAUUGUAGGGAUAGUCUGUGUGAGAUUAUGUAAACUUGCCAACUAAUGCCAUUUUGUGCCUGGUUAGGAAAACUCGCUGCUAUGCCAAGGAAGUGUGUAUCAUACAUGCUUAGGCAAGAAAUAUAUAUAUAUAUAUAUAUAUAUAUAUAUAUAUAUAUAUAACUCCAUCAGUACCAGUAUACCAAGGUAUUUGCCUAACCAUGAUAUUGAAGAAGUUAGAGUACUUGAUUACACUCAGGAGUGAAAUGAAUAGGUCAUGGUAAGAUGUCUAGGUUUUUGACACUAUCUCUCUCUUACAGCCAGACAGUUGAUCUCCUCAUGCAAGAAUCAGGAUGUCGUUUAGAGCAUCCUUCUGCUACCAAAUUCCGUAAUCAUGUCAUGGAAGGGGAGUGGGAUAAGGUAAUUCUGGCACUGCAAUAACCCUUUAAUGUGAGAUCUUGGGGGAGGAUCUAUUGCUACUUUUGCAGGUUCUGUUAUUGCAUUGAUUCAUUUUGUUCGUUAAAAAUGAAUAUGAUUUAAGCCAACUUUGGAACCUCAAUUAUAUAACUUGUUUUUAUAUUUGUGUGUUUGGUUUUUUUGAAGGCUGAGAACGACCUAAACGAACUGAAGUCCUUGGUUCACUCUCCUCAUGCUAUUAUGGUAAGAUGUUUCUGAACACAGCUAACAGUUCUCUAUUGCCCAUUUCUUUCUCCAAGAUUCUUUAGGUUGGUUUUGUAUUAAAAAAAAUAGAAAUACAAUAAAAUGCAAGAGAUAUGUGUUACAAAGUAAUUGAAAGGUACGUUGAACAACGGUUUACACAGAAAGUCAGCAGAGCUUUUUAUGCCCAUAGAAUUACAUUGUCACAAAUCAUUUAUAGUUUCUGUGGAUUGGAGUCUCCCAUUGGGUCAAAUAGUUUCAGAUUUUUGGCUUUAAGGAGUGGCUAUAAGAUCCCGUUAUUGCAGUUCUGCAUCUAUGUAACGGUGAACGUCAAAAUCUGAUACACCAUAUUCGUAUAGUUCAAUUUAGGUAAAGAAAGUUCAAGGUUGUGGUGCUGGAUCAGGCAGAUGUAUGUGAAGUCAAUAGAGGGAUAUGUUAAUGAAAAUGCAGAAGGAUCUGUAGAGAACUCUCCCUCCCGCCCCCCGUGUGAUUCUUUACUAACCAAAGUUCCUCCCCUCCUUAGACAGAAUUAUGCAUAUCGUAGAAAAAAAGUUAAUUGCAAUCUUGUAAUAGGAAUUCUGCUACCAAGGAAAAGAUGUCUCUGGUCAGCCAAGGGUCCAGGUUUUAUGAAAUGGAUUUUUUUAAAAAAAUUUUUCUGAUUGCAGUUAGUGAAGGAAUCUCUUGUGUGGCCCUAAGUUCCCCUAUUGCCCUAUGGGUAGUUACCACUAUCAUUGCUGCGAGCUUAGUUUCAACCCUAUUAAAUGUAUCAAUUGAUUUGAAUUCUGUUCUGCUUCAUGCCCCUGUUUAUUUGUAGCCAACUACACAGCUUUACAACGAAAGGCAUUCUGUAAGUUAGACCCCACACAGAGAUGUGUAACAUUUGCAUUGAUACCUUGGCUGUGUUAAUACCUUCAGAUUGCCUGUUAAGUCUCAUUCUUUUUAUUUUUGUUGUAUUAAUUUGUGAAACUAUACAUGAACAUGUUGGCCCCAACUCUUCAUUGCUUGAGAUCCAUUUACAUUGCGCUGGAGUUUGCAUUUGAGAUUAAAAAAAACAGUUAUAGCAAACAAAUGGGUGCCGUUGUUCAUCUCCUAUGAUGCCUGGUCAGCCUGUGUUUCACCCCUAUUGCAUAUUGACAACCCAUAACUGAAAGUAUGAUCAAUGCCAUCUUAACAGUUCUCCAAUUCCUUUUUGUCAUAUAAAGUUCUAUUGUUAAUAUUACCAUUUGUAUAGCGCCAACAGAUUCCAUAGCACUUAACAAUAUUAUAAGAGGGGAAAUUUCACUAUAAAUAGGACAAUUACAAGAAAACUUACAGGAAUGAUAGGUUGAAGGGGACCCUGCUCAAAUGAGCUUAGUCUAUAGAAGGUUGGGUGUAAAACACACUAGGACAGGAAAGAGCAAUCAAAUAAGGUGGGAGUGAAUCAGAGCUGGAGGAGAAAGUAGAGUGCUGCCCUUUAGGAGAGGGAAAGAGACAGGUAUGUGUGGUAGAGGUUACUCUGGGAGGCCAUAAGCUAUCCUGAAGAGAUGGGUUUUAAGGCACUUCUUAAACAAUUGAAGACUAGGGGAGAGUCUGAUGGCAGUAGGCAGGCUAUUCCAUGAGAAGGGAGCCACCUGCGAGAAGUCCUGCGAGCAGUGGACGUGAGAAGGUUACGGGCAGAAUGGAGAGACCGAGAAGGGGCAUACCUAUGGAUCUGUGAAGAGAUGUGGGACUAGAAUUGGUCAUGGUUUUAUUGGUAUGGGUUAGCGCUUUGAACUGACUCCUAUAGGAUACAGGAAGCCAAUGUAAGGACUAUGAGAGGACCGACUAGAGAAGAAAAUCAGUCUGGCGGGAGCAUUCAUUACAGACUGGAGCGGGACAAUGCGGUUUUUGGGAAGACCAAUUAGGAGAGGGUUACAAUAAUCCAUGCAGGAAAUUACUAGAGCAUGGACAAGCUCCUUUGUAGCAUCUUGCAUAAAAAAGGGGUGGAUAAGGGCUAUGUUUUUAAGAUGGAAUCUACCGGACUCGAUAACAUGCUGGAUGUCAGGCUCAAAGGUAAGGCCAGAAUAAAGUAUGACACCAAGACUGUGCGCUUGCAAGGAUGGACUAAUGUGGUUACCACUAACUUGAAAAGAGCGUGAAAGAGGAGGAUCAGUAUUAGGAGGAGGAAAGACAAGGAGCUCAGUUUUAGAGAGAGUGAGUUUCAGAAAGCGGGAGGACAUUCAGUCAGAGGUGGAAGAAAGACAAGCAGUGACACGUUGCAGGACGGCAGGGGAGAGGUCCGGGGAGAAGAGAUAUAUCUGUGUGUCAUCAGCAUACGGGUGGUAGUGGAAUCCAAAAGAAGUAAUGAGUAUGGCAAGAGAGGCAGAAAAUAGAAGUGGACCAAGGACCGAGCCUUGGGGGACUCCAACCCCACAAUCCAUGGCAUCUGCUGUUGGCUCAGAUUUUGCAGACAUUAUCCACCCAUCAUUGGGCAGCAGUUAUGGUGGAUUAGCACAAAUCCAGAAGGAUAAUGUCAAAGUUCACUUUUCCAUUAUCUGAAGGGCUGGAAUGUCUGUGUUUUAUCUCUCCACCAAUAACCCUUACAUAAAGAUUUCUGCCCAGUGACCUUUAAUCUCUAUUAGUUUGUAUCUGGGAAUGGCCUUUUUGCUUUCAGAGUCUGCAAUUACAAGGCUAUUCAUUUAAGUGAGUUAUCAGGAAUUUAAAAUUUCACAUCAAUAUAGCUGAAUUGGAAACAUUCUGCAAGUCGGCUAUGCUUCCUGUUUGCCUUUUUUCGUCUAAAAUGUAGAAUUAAAUGAAUUACCUUUUGGGUUUUUUUUUUUAUUGGAUGUUUAGUGGCCAAGUCCUUCUGGAUCAUCCCUGUAGUCAAAGCAUGUCAAACUCGGACCAGAAGGACCAUCUUUUCGAGCUCCGUGUACAUGCUGGUGUUACAGCAGGGUAGGCACCUGCUUUCCCCACAUUGCAGGUGCCUACUCUAACACUUACACGGCCGGGGAGGAGGGCCAGCGAGGGAGCUCAGUGUUCCAGCUCCUCACUGCUCCCUCGCGCAUGCCGUCUGUAGUGAAGCCGGGCGCCGGAAUAUGGCAUCAUAUUCCAGCACCCAUCAUCCCUAAACCACGCAAGUGAGGAGUGGAUAGAAGGACCCCAAGGAGAUGCCCCACAUCAGCUCCAAAAGGUAGGGAGCAAUAAAGUAAAGUGUGUGUGUGUGUGUGUGUGUGUGUCAGUGUUGCAUUGGCUGUAACUGGACAGCGGAGUACAUGGAGGCAUGCAACACCACGUCACAUUCCGACAUGACAUCAAUGUGCUCCACCUUCACAGGGUUUCAGGGUGGAUCAGAUUUGGCACAGGGUGCGGACGCCGCCAUUUGGGGUACACCAGAGGCCAGACUCCGGAAUCGCAUACCGUCAGCGGCAAUGGGAGUGGAGUCUGCUUGUUGGCUAGAGGGGGUGCUGGGAUUUAGUAUAUGGGGGGGAUGACUGGGAUUUAGUGUAUAUAUAUGUGGGAUUUAGUGUAUAUAUGUGGGGUGGGGACUGGGAUUUAGUGUAUAUAUAUGGGGGUGGGGACUGGGAUUUAGUGUAUAUAUGGGGGUGGGGACUGGGAUUUAGUGUGUAUAUGGGGGGUGGGGACUGGGAUUUAGUGUGUGUAUAUAUGGGGGGGGGACUGGGAUUUAGUGUGUAUAUAUGGGGACUGGGAUUUAGUGUGUAUAUAUGGGGGUGGGGACUGGGAUUUGGUGUGUAUAUAUGGGGGUGGGGACUGGGAUUUAGUGUGUGUAUAUAUGGGGGUGGGGACUGGGAUUUAGUGUGUAUAUAUGGGGGUGGGGGACUGGGAUUUAGUGUGUAUAUAUGGGGGUGGGGACUGGGAUUUAGUGUGUAUAUGUGUAUAUGGUGGGGGGUGGGGGACUGGGAUUUAGUGUGUAUAUAUGGGGGGGGGGGGACUGGGAUUUGGUGUGUAUAUAUGGGGGUGGGGACUGGGAUUUAGUGUGUAUAUGGGGGUGGGGACUGGGAUGGUGUGUAUAUAUGGGGGGGGGGACUGGGAUUUAGUGUGUAUAUAUGGGGGAGGGGACUGGGAUUUGGGAUGUGUAUAUAUGGGGGCGGGGACUGGGAUUUAGUGUAUAUAUGGGGGGACGGGACCGAUGGACCCCGGGGGAUAUAUGGGGGACUGGGAUUUAGUGUAUAUAUGGGGACUGGGAUUUAGUGUAUAUAUGGGGGGGGACUGGGAUUUAGUGUAUAUAUGGGGGGGGGGACUGGGAUUUAGUGUAUAUAUAUAUGGGGACGGGGACUGGGAUUUGGAGUGUAUAUAUGGGGGACGGGGGCUGGGAUUUAGGGGUGUAUAUAUGGGGGGACGGGGGCUGGGAUUUAGUGUAUAUAUGGGGACGGGGGCUGGGAUUUAGGCAUGGGGGCAGAGGCACAGGAUUUAGUGUAUAUAUGGGGGACGGGGGCUGGGAUUUAGUGAGGCGGGGGCUGGGAUUUAGUGUAUAUAUGGGGGGCCGGGGGCUGGGAUUUAGUGUAUAUAUGGGGGGGGGGACUGGGAUUUAGUGUAUAUAUGGGGGUGGGGGACUGGGAUUUGGUGUAUAUAUAUGGGGGUGGGGACUGGGAUUUGAGUGUAUAUAUGGGGGUGGGGACUGGGAUUUAUAUAUGGGGGGUGGGGACUGGGAUUUAGUGUAUAUGGGGGUGGGGACUGGGAUUUAGCGUAUAUAUGGGGGUGGGGACGGUUUAUAUAGGGGGACUGGGAUUUAGUGUGUAUAUAUGUGAUGGGGGACUGGGAUUUAGUAUGGGGGGGGAGGACUGGGAUUUAGUAUGGGGGCUGGAGGACUGGGAUUUAGUAGAGGGGGAUGCUGAGGGGUUUUUAAUACUGUAGUUUUCAAAAUAAACCUAAGUUUCUAUGACAAUGUAAGGGUUUUUUUGUGGGGGUGCUUUGCGGUCCACAUUACCUUAAACCUUGUUUAUGUGGCCCGUGCUAGAUGAGUUUGACAUGCUGAUUGUUCCUUAGUCAUUUGUUCCUGGGCAUUGUCAGUGUCUGUUGCGGUCUCUCAUGUCUGUGAUUAUCUGACAUAUUACUUUUUCUUGGGCAAUGUGCACUAGUCCCUGUAGUACUUGUUUUAGUCCCUGAAAUGGAAUUGCUGGCUAAGAAUUCGGUUUAGUCACAAAAGCUUAAAACUACUAGAUUUUAUUUAUUUUUAUGGCUAGUCAAUGGGUUGUCAACCUGGUCCCUAGGAUCCUCAGUUUGAGAGAGUGGGUGGCAGGGCCGGACUAGCCCAGUUGGGGCUGGAGUGACAGCCCUAAUGAUCAUUCUGAUAAAUCCUCCCCUCGGACUGUGCCAGCCUGUCAGUCCAAGGGGAGGAAGGAGGGAGGAGCUUGGGGGCUGGUGUGGCUGCCAGCAGCUGCAGGGAGACCAAUCAGUCUCCCUGCACAGUCUCAAAUCAUUUCAGCCGCAUGCCCAGCCCCCAAACGGAUGCUCCGCCUCCCGCCCACAAGCUCCGCCCCCACGCACGUUACUGGGAAGCUGCCCACCGGACCAAGAGGACACUGAAAGGUAUUUACCUUUUUACAGCCCCCUACCUACCAUUGAUGCCCCCCACCUCACAGACAGUCCCUCUACCCGCUAUAGAGGCCCCCCUACCCACCUCAGAGCCCCACUAUACAUCAGCCUUACUUUUGCACAUUCCCUUUAGGAAGGUAAAAGAAAAGCAUAAAAAAAGAGAUAAAAAGGAAAAGAUCAAAAAAAUUAAAAAGGGAAGAAAAAUAGAAAAAAUGGGAUAAAAUAAAGGAGGACCGUACUUGUAAAAAAGGAGAAAGAAGGAGCAGAGUACUUGUAGCAUUGGAGAAAGAAGCAAAAGAAAAAGGAGAAAAUUGUUGUUGGCGAAUAAUAAGUGGGCUACCUAGCUCAGCCUUCCUGCUGGGCAUUGCUGUAACGAAGGUUAAAAAAAAAAAAAUAGGAAAAAAAAGUGGGGAGAGGAAUUGAGGAGGGGAGCUGAAGCACGGAUGAGAAAUCAUAUUAUGAGCAAACAGAGAAAUUGUCUGCAAAUUACCGAAAGAGGAGACCUUUGUUUGUUCCUUACGAAAAUCGAACCAGAUAUCAAAUAUUUAGUCUCAAAUAUCUCAUUAAUCACUAGUAAAGGUAAUUUCAAUUUACUUUGUUUUCUCAUUAAACUUUAUAAAGUUAAAAACAUGCAUUAAGUAGAAAUAAAGAUAAAUGUUUUUGUUUUUUUUAAAACACCCUCCUUUCGAAAAAAUAUUCUGCACUUGCGCGAAUACUGGUGGGCGGUAAGGAAAAGGGUUGACUACCCCUGGGCUAGUCAGUCGUUUUUAGUUAUGUGUGUUUCCACAAAAGGUGUUAAAAAAAUCAUGAUUCAGAUAGGCUUGUGAAAUGUUUACAGCCUCCUUAUUUCUGCUGCCGCUGUCUGCCAGUGCCAGACAGUCUUCCAAAUGAUAAGAUGAGUUUAAUUUGCCUCCACCGUGUUCAUCUUGAAAUUGCAGCGUGUAGUAGCAGCUGCUGGCUGCAGAGUGGGACCAAACCUCCUGUCUCUGACAGCAAGAAUUCAAUAUAGCUAUGUUUAAUAAGCCGAUCGGCUGAUUAGCAAUGCAAAUAUCUCACAGGUAAAGCUGUUAAUGCCAAAAUUGUUUUCAUAUUGUGAUUGUUACAGCAAUGCCUUGGGGGCUGUAACUGAAGCCAGAAUUUUGAUGUGUCCUCAGUCCAUAAAUCUGUUUGCAUGCCUGUGUCUUGCGCACAGAUUCUGUAGUUUUUCUGGACAUUAAGUCCAGGGCUCACAAUUUCUGCUUGCCAUUAGCUAGUGAGAAGUGAAAAUUUAGCCCUGGCGAAAAGAAAUUCCAUUUGCCAUGGUCCCUCCAUGUUUGUAGUGGCCAGUAACCUUUAUGGUCUGGCUUGUAGCCUAGGACAUGGAAUUUUAAGCCCUGUUAAGUUCCUAUUGCGCUGCAAUAUUUUCACAUUCACAUGUCUCUGCUUCACCAUAAUUGACAAGGCAGGUGGCGGCUUACUACUGGAUUGCAGAUGCACCCUGCUCGUUACAAAAAGGCAGCACCAGGUUUAAAGUGAAAUUAUCCUGCCGUCCAUUAAAUAAAAUGGGAUUUAUUCACCACACUGGCAUGUAUUUUGAGUGGACAAGUGAAUAUCAAAUUAUAGGGCAAAAGAGCAGACUUUGUGUUGUGCGUUUUUUGUUUCCAUCCCUAGAGUUUUGGUAUACUAGUACCUUGUGUAAACAGUGGAACUGCAAAGGCGCUGCUACAAGUAAUACUGGUUGUGAUUCCUAGAGUCACUUUUAACAUUAGUACAUUGCUAUUACAGAUUCAAGUUUGCCACAUUUUUUGUUUUGUGUGAUUUUGUUUUUCCAUGGGAUGUUAACCAUUUAAGGACAGCGGCAACUGUCCGCAUUCUGUUUUAGAUGAAAACAAAAACUUGAUUUUUAGCUAUAGGUUCGUUCCACCAUAAUGUAAGGGUUUGUUAAAGUGCUAGCAUGCAAUUUUACUUCUCAAAUUUUUGCUUAUAAUUUUUACACAUCCAGUGAAAAUAAUUUAAAAGAGCUCAAAACAGAUUAAUGUAUAUUUUCUGAUGGUUAAAUGCCUUAUGUUUAUGAUCUAAAUUUUUGGUAACACUACACCAACCUGCACACUGUUAUACCAACCUUACCUGAUGCUUAAACGAUUUAUAACCAUAUGCCUGCCCUAAUCUUACCCUUAACUUCAACCCUACACAUUACACUAACCCUGCUCCAACACUACAUGUAACCCCAGGGUAAACCACUGCUAACAUAAAUUCUGAUAUUCGACAUGGAUUUUACGUUAGCACAGUAGAUGGUGGUAUGUUGUUUUUAGAAUUCUACUUGGAGUAAUUCUGAAUAGAACCCAUGGUUCUAAUCAAUUAUAUAGAGAUUGGUACUGUAAAAGCUCAGCACCAAUCCUAAUCAGCUGGAUACAGGCUGGGAGGCUGCAGUUUUUAUGAAUUAAAGGGCUCUGCGGAGUAAAGCUGACUUCCAGCACUGCAGAGAGCUUAUCGGUCAGUCGAGGGCCCCAACUGACUUACAGAACCUCAGUAGUCCUGCUCACAAGACAGGGCCUGACAAAUUUGCUAGAAAUUUAGAAGCCAGCUAAAAAAGUUAGGAGUCAGAUUUUUCAACAUCAAAAAUACAAUUCUUAAAUGGACCUUAUAGUCACCAGAACCACUACAGCUUAAUGUAGUUGUUCUGAAGUCUAUAUACUGUCCCUGUCACUCAGCCUCUAGAAGUGCUUCCCGGGUCAGUGCGGGUCACACUUACAUUAAUGUUCCCCAUAGGGAUGCAUUGAUUCAUUGCAUCUCUGAGAAGUUGAUUGCGCAGCAUGGCAUUUUGCCGCACAUGCGCAAUAGUCUCCCAAUGUUUGUUUUUCUAUGGGAAAGCAUUGGAUUGCCUGAGAUCAAGAUUGAUUAACUCUACCAUGGAGGUGGGGGUCAGCCGUGGCAUCAACAGCAUGGUGUGAGAUAAAAGUGCGUUAAAACACCUUUCCCAUGUGAAAUUUUUUUUUUUUUUUUUUUGUGGGGGCAAGUCACCUAAACAUUACACACUCCCUGACAAGCACACAGACACUCACUGAUUACACACACACACUGCAAGACUAACUCAAAAAUCAUAACUUUUUUUUAUUUUAAAUUCACCCAGCCUCCCUACCUUUUGGAGAGCUGGAGUGGAUGGGCUUUCCCUGGGGUCCUUUGGGGCUGCUAUUUCCCUGCUCUGCUUCCUAGAGUGCUGUUUAGAUUUGUUAAGGGGUUAAAUUGGGUGAGCAUCGGAGAAUCCUCCUCGGGAGGAGACCUAAAUACUUUUUAUUUUUAUUUAUUUUCUUCUCUUUUUCUUCCUUUCCCCCCCUCCCUCCCUCAACCUCUUCUGCCACUCUGACUUCCCACCCAACACUACCCAUGUCAGUAAGUCUGUUACACAAAGUUUUCAACAUAUAAUGUGUUCUUCUCCAUCUAUAAUACUUUGCAUCACCAUCCUACAUAAUCUGUGACUCAAGCCAAAAAAAAAAACUCCAGAAAGGUCCUAACACGGACUACCACCUCCAAGCACUUCACUCAAUCACGUAUGACCAUACAUACGCCGGGUUCGGGCAUGGAAUAAAGUCUGUGGAAAUAGCAAUGUAACUGCUCACAAGUUAUGGAUAAGAUGUAAUGCUAACCUCAUGCGGAGGAUGCUUGCUAAUGUAUAUUUCCUUUUCCUUCCCCAUUUUUGAAUAUACAAAACCAAUAAAUAAAGAUUGUCCAAAAACAAACGGGUGAGAGCAUAAAAGCCCUUAGUGUUGUUGAUGGAAUACUGUUUUUACACAUUUAAAAUUGUGGCCAAAUAGAAUUUUUCAGUCUGUGCAGCAACAAAAUGUUUUUCUGUUCUAAUUGGAAUUUGACAUAUGAGGCAAAAAGAUUUCUGGUGAUGGGACCAAGCAUAGUCUGUUCAUAUUUCAUGAUGUCUGGUAUAGCGUUGUGAAAUGUGUAUGUAGAAAUAUAUAAUUUAGUGUAGAUUAUGACUCCCACAGUAAUAGGCCGCAGCACAACUUGCAAAUUGGAGGCCGACUUCCUAGCUGUAAUCCCUUUGCAUUAGUUGUUGAACUACAUAUCCCAUAAAUCUUCUUGUCCAUUGCAUUAAUUUUGGGAGUUGUAGUCCAUCAGUAUCUGGAAAGCCACAGUAUAACUAUGCGUGAGUUUCUUUUGUAAAGAAUUACAAUGUACUGUGCUUUAACCAGAGUCUUUUAUUGUUUCCAGGGGUAUCAGCUGACUGCCAUAGCUUUUGACUUCCAGCUGAUUCACUUGUUGAUACAGUAUAACUUCCUGUCCUUGGGUGUGGGGGGAAGGGUGAAGGAAGUGAUGUAAGACCCAACAGCUUUGUGUGAACUGUACAGUCUUUUAAUAAUCUGAGACAACUGACUAGCAGUACAGCCAAAUCCUAGAGAACUCUUCUUCCUCUGAUAGUUCUCCCUUAUAUAUGUUAUUACAAGAUAAAUCUGCCAGGGCUUGUAAUUAAUAAAAAGCAACUCAAUGAUGUUUGUUUUUUCUUUUGUGUUUUUUAAGAAUCCUGCAAGGUAAAUUUAUUAUACUGUGAUACCUCUGUUUACAAAUGUAAUGCGUUCUCCGGGACGUUUGUUAUUGCGAAAAAUUUGUAAACCGAAACGCGGUUUCCCAUAGGAAUGCAUUGAAAACCAAUUAAUCCAUUCUGGAGGUCAGAAAAAAAGUCAAAAUGAGCUGGCAUGGAAACCAACCCACAAUGCAGAACACACAGUAAAAGGCAUGCAAACGACAAACCUCAGCUCCCUACCUUUCCACCACUUGAGAAAUGCACCAAAAAGUCCCAAAACAACUGCAAAAAAAAAUCCAGAAUAGCUCCAAAACUCGAUUCAAAAGCCGCUCCCACACCUCCACACUCUACGCCACGUGCUACCCACAGACUCCAGCAUGCACGGGGCGGCACUAUAAACCUCCCAGGCACAAUGCAUCCGGGGGAAACUUGCUUUGUAUUGCGAAAGAAAUUUGUCAACCAAGGCAUUAUUUUCAAUUGUUUUUCAUUUGUUAACCGAAAAUUAUGUUAACCGAAGCGUUUGUAAACCGAGGUACCACUGUAUUUUGAUAAGUGGGUCUCCAUAUUAACAUUUCGAUAUCUAGAUCUGACUAUGUUCUCUUUAAGAGGUCUGCCAAUUGUCUGAAAUCUGUGUUCAAUGUAUUCCUCUUUCUGCCUCAGCCGUCUGCAAGUUGAUUAAUUUUUUUUUUUUUUUUUAAAGACCGUAACCAAAACUAAAGUGGAUGCGGUCUCGCCGCUAAAUCGUCUGAAUGUUUACUCCUUAAUUGUACUUCCAUUGGACUGCUGUUUAGUUGUCUAUUGAAAUCUAUAUGUCCUCUAUUUAAUGUUACUGGCAAUGCACAAACAACCAAAUUUAAAAGAUACUAUUCCACUGAUGGAGGCUAUGGGAUUUGGAAUUGCAUCCUGAACUGUAUGGUCCUAACCACCCAAUAACUAUAUACACCAACUCACAAUUUCCGUCAUGAAAAUCACUUCAGUAAUAACAUCCAAUAUGUGCAUCCAUACGGAUUUAAUGAAUGUAUUCCUAAAUUUACAUUGUCCUACUCUGCUAGCGAUGAGAUUAAUCACAGGUUUUUUUUGUUUUUGCACGCGUGUGUGUGUGUGUUGCUGCUCUGUGUGCAGAUAUAUAUGUAUCAUUAAAGGAACACUAUAGGGUCAGGAACACAAACAUGUAUUCCUGAUCCUAUAGUGUUAACACCACCAUCUAGCCCACCAGGGCCCCUCAUGCCUCCAUAAAUAUAGUAAAAAUCUUACUGUAUUCAAGCCAAACCACCUCCCCUCCCCCCACUCCAAAAAAACACAACCUGUGAAUAAUCUCAUCGCUAGCAGAGCAGGACAAGGUAAAUUUAGGAUGUCUUCAGUAAAGAGAUUUAGGAUCUAGGUGUUUCCAUGUGUAUGGCACGUGACUGCACAUUGGUAGAGUUAUAAUAAUACACGAUUUUACUACCUUGACAGAAGUUUCUGGAUAAUGUAACAAAUAUUUAAGCUGUUAAAACGGCAACAUUGUAUCUUGUCGGUACUUCUUUCUGUCAUGCAGUCUUUUUGUGGUAUCUGUGUUUGCAACUUCUUUUUAAGGUGGCUGGGGGGCUUUGUCUUUCCAGCUCUGAUAAAGUGGAUGAAAUGCUUAGUUGUAUUUUGUUGUACGUACUGUUUAGGAUAUUAUAGAGUUAGAGCUGUGACUUGAAAAAUGAACUGGCAUUCCAGCAUGUAUAGUUAGUGGAGGCAAGAUCAGAGAUCAUGUACGUCAUAACAUACCAAUGUCUAGUAAAAUGUUAAAUUAUUUUUAUAAAGAGAUUUUAAAUCGUAUAGUGAACUUAUUUUAGGCAUCAGAGUAGCCUUUAACCAAUCUCCUUUCUUUCAAUCGUCCUGAUUACAGGCAUGUCGUCCAGCUGCUGGCGUAUCAGUGAGUGAGAAUUCCUCUGCAUCGUGCCCCACUGCAGACGUCAUACGGGUAAGUGCACAUCUCAGUAUGGGAAUAGGUAUUGCGUGCGUUUGGGCUUUGAUGCCUCCAUAUAUUUGGUAAUAUUAAAGGCAUACUCUAUUCACCAAAACAACUUUUAGCUUAAAGAAGCUGUGCUCAUGUGUAGAUCAUGCCCCGGCAGUCUCACUGCUCAAUUCUUUGCCAUUUAGGAGUUGGAGCAAUUUUGUUUUUGCCCAUGUCCUCGUCACACUUCCCCUGGCUGUGACUGACACAGAAUGCAUGAAAAAUUAUGGUUUCAUUUUCAUUCAGCCUUUUGUGUGUGAUUAAGGUUAAAUAUGCAGAGCAGGAAAUAAAGAAAAAAACUUCUCACUCGAGUUCACAUCUGAUUGAAGAUGCUGUAUUAAAUAUGUUUUGGAGCCCAUUGUAUUUGUGGUCACUGUGAACCUUUUUUACGGAACAUGAGCAAAGAAUGUCCUUGUAUUUGAGUUCAGUUUUUUUUUUUUUUUUGUACGGAAGUAUAAAGCGAGCUAUAAAUUGUUCCCUCUCUCCAACACACCGCACCAGUGUCUCUUUUCUUUCAUCACUGUGUCACAAUCAUGCACGCACCCUGGGAUCUCUGUUGCAGGUCUAUUAUUAUUGGGUGUAGUCUCCUUCCCUUGUAAAUGUUCUUGCUAUAAAUAUUAUUUAAUUGUACAGCACAAGCAGUGCUCAUAACUGUGACUUGUUAAGGAAUGUGUGGUGUUUCGUCAGAGGAAGACCAAUGUAAAAAUAGUUUUGUUAUGAAUAAUAGUUUCUGAACGCUAGAGCCUAACAUUCUCCAUCUUUAGGCCUUGUACAGUGCUAGGGAGCAGAAACAGAGAUCAAAGCUGUCAAAGCCUCAGAUUUUUGUUUCCCCUUAAGAUAGAGCAGUUAAAACUUCCAUCUCAUACCACUGGACUUAAACAUGUGCUGUCAUCGCAAUGGCCACUUUUCUCCUGUGUGACUUAAAUUUUCUUAAACUGUUCUUUUCAGCGGCAGUGUCCCAGCAAUAAAAUGAUUUCAUUGGGUCAAUAAAUUUGUGGUUGAAUUUAGGAUGCUAUGGCAAGUCAGAACGUGGACAUGGCACGUACAUUUUUGACUCCCUGUUGGCUAGAUAAGAUUGACAGAUUGCAGCUCCUAUAGACUGCAUGACCGAAGACUCUCUAUAUGCUGCAAUGAUAGAGAAUGUCUUUCACAGCUUCAUAGAAAGCCCCGAGAUCAUUUUAGGACAUUGCUGGUUUGACUCUGCUAUAAUAUCAGUAUCUGUGAACACUACUAUGCUCUCUGCACAGAGUAAGUAAGCAUGAUAUCCACUUGUCACACUGAGAGUUGUAGGAGCAGGUGUUGGUUUUUACACUGACCUGAGACACAGAUGUCGAGAUGGAUCAGUCCUUGAUGUACAGCUUUCUUUGUGCAACCUGAUCCUGAGGAGAGGUGUGGCGACUAGUGACCUAUAGAAGAAAAAUUAGUACAGUCAGGGUUUAAAUCAAUGCUAGUGUGUGGCUUCCCCUAAAAUAUUGUUGACAAGUGGUGCCCUCCCUGAAUCCCCUACAUCAGUGGUUCCAAACCCAGUCCUCAAGUACCCCCUACCAGUCCAGGAUUUAGGGAUUACCCAGUUGUGUCUAAGGUGUUUUUUAGGAGAGAAAAAAAAACACUUUAGACACAACAGGGCAAUCUCUGAAUCCUGGACUGGUAGGGGAAACUUGAAGACUGGGUUGGGAAGCCCUGCCCUACGUCAUGCAAAUGUUGGUGUCCCUGCUUUAUUGGUGCCAGUUUUUCUGUAAUUGUAGUUAAGUAAAACAUGAGGUUUUAACCACUUUUGGUAUGUCCUAUCAGUUUAGUGAAUAAGUCCCUUUUGAGUUUUUUGAGCAUUGAUGGAGAUUAGUGUAACUAAUGUAGACUUAUUCUGAAUACCCCUGGCUACUGUAAGUGAAUGUCUCUAGAACAGGACUCAAACUACCUUCUCACAGACCUUUUAUGGUCCUCUAGUUUCUAACAGUCUGUGGGUGACAUGACGGGUGUCCAGUGUUUGACUGCACAGUCUACAUGUUUUGUUUGGAGAGUUUUUUUUUCUCCUCCUUCCACCAUCUUAUCUACCAUAGUACAAGAAGUGUUAACCGGCUAUGUCCCAGCAUGCUGUUUCCCCUUUUAUUUUAUAUUCCAUAUCUCUAGAACAUAUUCCAACACUUUUCUUCUCUAGCUGAACCGCAUUAAAUCGCUGUUUGGUGUUUUAUUUAACAGACCCCAUUGACUGUGUUGGUAGUUGAAACUCAAAAGACCAAUCAAGUCUGUCCCUGUUACACGUGAACUUUUAUUUAUUUAUUUUUUUGUUGCCUGGGACUUGCAUUAGGCUACCAAUAUAUCUUCUGUAUCUUGCAUGUGCUCGUGUUUGUAUCUCUGCACUCAUUUUUUUUUUCUUCUGUUCUUUGACAGAGAAUGAAGUUUCUGCUGCUCCAACAGAAGUAUCUGGAAUAUUUGGAGGAUGGCAAGGUUCUGGAAGCACUUCAAGUAUUGCGCUGUGAACUGACUCCCCUGAAAUACAAUACAGAGAGGAUUCAUGUCCUCAGUGGGUAAGCAUUUUGUAUGAUGUCAUUUUGUCUGCAGAAAUUAUAGCUACCACUGUACAGACAUGUUUGAUUGCAGCAGAAACACUAUGGUUCAGGCAGCCUCUGCCACUCCCACAUGCAUUGUGUUCACAGCAAUGCUAUUUCAAUCCUUGCAUAUUUAAUUUUUAUAAUUUAUUUUAAUCCUCUCCAUUAUAAAAUAAAGAAUGUAAAAUUAAUUAAGUUAAUAAUACAUGUAAGAAGCUGAUACAGCAGCAAAUAAACAGACUAAUAAAUAGAACUGCAAUGGGUUUUCUGGACUUCAUGUACCGUUUCUAACAGUGAUGUCAUAUUCUGGCAUCCCUGCAGGGCGCGCAAGAGGGAGCAGAGCAAGAAGGUUGCAGGCCCCUCCACUCUGCCUCAGCCGGCCACCACAGAGAUGUGUGUUGGCUGAUUCUGCAACAGCUGAACAGGCUGAUAAACACCCAGGUGUCAGGACAAAACUCCUAGUCGCAAUGGCGACCUGGUGCCUGGAAUUUUUUUGAGCCCUGACAUAUGUGGCUAGAUCUUUAUAAAUUAGGAGAUUGAAAAUACUAAAAGUCUAAAAAAAAAAAGAGGCUCAGAGCUGGGGUGUUUUUCUUUUAAAAAAAAAAAAGAGACAAAAUAUAGAAAAUACUGAAUACAUAUUAUGACUUGAAAAUCAGCACUGAGUACUGGUACACAGAGUUUAUCCAUAUAAUAUAUAACAUACUGGUUCCAUAGUUAGUUUUCACUAGGUUUUUUAAUCACUUUACUAUUCUAUCUCAGCACAGAGUUACCAUAUUUAGGGGAGACUGGCAGAGGUACUAGUUUCUCUCUAUUUCUUAUCUUGCUUUCAGGGACAGCAUAGAACACCCUUGAAGGUGUUUGCUUUAUGAGCUAUAGGAACAAUACCUUAGAUUUAUAGUCUCUCCUCUGCUAUGCUACCCCUCUACACCUUCUUUAAUGAGGUAUGAUUUUUUUGCUACAUCUCAUUAGGGACAGUAUAGAACACCCUCAAAGGUGUUUGUUCUAGGAGCUAUAGGGAUUUCAGUUAAGGUUUAUAUCUCUCCUUUUCUAUGCUGCCACCUUUUUAAGCCUUUUCUGAUGAGGCAUGAUUUCUUGCCAUAAACUAUUAGGGACAGGUGUUUCAUUUAGGAUAAAUAGGGGUGAUUUAUUAUCCUUUAUAUAUUUUUUAGCUACAUUGUAAUCACCUGGCUGCCUUUUUCAUGAUCAUUAUUUCUACCUCAUUUUUUUGAAGUUAAUAACUUUUUCAAAGCCUCUCUGUCUGCUCACUUCCCUUGCUGAUACAUAGUGUAUUUAUCCAUUUUAAUCCUUAUUCCGAAUUUCCAUUGGUAGUGCCUUUCCUUAUUUGAAUCAUAAUAAAGUAUUUCUAAUUUACAUUUUUUUUUUUUUUUGGCACUCUUUGGAACCAGUAUGUUAUAUAUUAUAUGGAUAAACUCUGUGUACCAGUACUCAGUGCUGAUUUUCUAAGUCAUAAUAUGUAUUAAGUAUUUUCUAUAUUUUGCCUUUCUGAGAUUCAUUUUUUUUUUGAGACUUUUAGUAUUUUCAAUCUCCUAAUUUCUUACUUUGGGUACAAGCCCCUUUAUUGGUGGAUCUGGAACCACCAUUCUGACCUUUGCAUAGAUAUUUUUUUCCUUUACAUUUAAUAGAUCUUUAUAAAUUAUUUGAUUAGCAGGCACAAUACAAGUAAUGAAAUAAUGGUGGUUAGGUCAAUAAGGAGUAGGUUUUCUAAGGGCUGCUGGAUGUCAAAAGCUGAAGAGAAUAGCAGUUCUAAAAUGAAGUCCGCAAGAACCAUGCAGCUAUGCAAGAAGGAUGGACCACAAUGAAGAGGACAAAUCUAUUAUUUGUCUUAUAUUGCAAGGUGACAAUGACAGGACCACUGCACCCAAACAUUGCAUUUUCUUUUAUUGAAUUUUUUUUUAUUUUUUUUUUAUAAAACUGCAAUGUUUACAUUGACGUGACGUGGAAGCUCAUAGAAUUCAAUGCUUUCCUAUGAAGCACUGUGUGCAUGAGCCACUCGCAUGCAUGCACAGACGCACGCACAUCCGGUCCUCAUAGUAGAGCAUUAGUUUUCAGCAUGCCUCAAUGAUGUCACUAGAGACUCAGAGUUAAACAGCACUGGAAAAAGGUGAGUAAACUGUAUUAUUACAUUUAGUGGAUGUGUGUGCAACUAAGAACAGGGGUACUUUAGAGUUCGGAAUACAGCCAACUAUAGGAUAUAUUUGGGGUGUAGGGAAAUCGACUUCUAACUAGAAGCAGAAAUAAAGAGAAUGGUCUGAAUAUGAGACAAGGCUCCAUUGCCAGUUGUCAUAGAAAGUCAGGUGUGAGUUCUGCUGCUGAACUGGGUUAAUCAUGUCCGCUGGUAGGAAAAGACCCUAUUUGGGUGUGUUUAAUGGGAAUGCCAAAAUACAGUUUUGAGUGUAAAUAUGAUGCUCAUUAGAAAAAAACACGAAUUGCCUAUAUACCCAUAGUUCAGCAUGCUAUAUCUUGUAUAUUUACCUUGUCCCAAGUACCUGUAGGCAGUAAUAAGUUGUUUGCUGCACUUGUGUUAGUGGGUUUUUUUUUUUUUAUUUUUUUUUAUUUUUUAUUAAUGGUAUUGAGUUUAAAAAAAGUGUUAAAUGCAAAAUAUAAUAUCUCAGUUGUCUGGAACUUUGCCAACACCACUAGAGCUAUGUGGAUGUGCAUUGUGGAUAUCACGAGUAAAUUACACUUGUUCGGGAGGGGAAAAUUAUUUUUAAUUGUGUAUAUGCAUGUACCUUCACAUUGGUCAUCUUCCUCAUUGGUACUCUGGACAAUGUAGAUUGGUACAUCUAGUAGAUGCCAAAAAUUUAGAUUUUUGUCGUGCUGUCUUGUGUAAUUUAAUGGGGGUUUUUUUGUGUGUGUGUUUUUAUUUUAUUUACUUUUUAAAAUUAUUUUUAUUUAGGUAUUUAAUGUGUAGUCAUGCUGAGGAUCUUCGUGCAAAAGCAGAAUGGGAAGGGAAAGGAACCGCUUCACGCUCCAAACUUUUGGAUAAGCUACAAAGUGAGUGUUACUCUUCUCCUUAUACAUUUAUGAUUGCUUUUGGUAAUAUUUUAAAAUAAAAAUGUAUUUACAUCUGCGUACGGGUGGUUAAAAGGUAGAUCUCCAACACUUAUAAUUGCAGUACUAAAAACUACAUUUUGCCAAUACAUAUUGCCAUAUUUGCAUUUAUUAGCAAAUCGUAAAGAACUCUUAUGAGUUACUGUAUUGUCUGCCUCUAUUACACAAUCAUGAUAAAUAAGGUCUCACUUUGAUAGCUCUUUUAAUUAUCUUCGAAUAUUAACCUAAAAUCUGACUUCCUCUUGAAGCCUACUUGCCACCAUCGGUCAUGCUGCCCCCAAGACGUUUGCAGACACUGCUCCGGCAAGCUGUGGAGUUACAGCGAGACCGGUGCCUGUACCACAAUACAAAACUUGACAAUAACUUGGAUUCUGUGUCUCUGCUUAUAGAUCACGUCUGCAGCAGGUACGUGAAUACCCAUAGUAUUCCGGUACAAGUUUGGUAAAUGUGCUAGGCUAUCUCCUUAUAGAAUGAUGGGUGCAGGCUUCAUAUAAUGAACAUUUAAACAGAUACAAUUGCCCUUUGCUGUGUAUGGGCCAAAUACUGGUGUGUUUUUUGUUUUUUUUUAAAUCAUUAUUUUACUAAUGACUUAUCUCUCUCCCUCCUCCCUCACUUUUUUCUCUUUCUCCCAUUGAAGGAAGCAGUUUCCAUGUUUCACACAGCAGGUCCUUACAGAGCAUUGUAAUGAGGUUUGGUUCUGUAAGUUUUCAAAUGAUGGCACUAAACUAGCAACCGGAUCAAAAGACACAACUGUUAUAAUAUGGCAGGUUGAUCCAGUAAGUAUUAAUGUUACAUUGCUUUAUUGCUUUUUAAACCUGUUUUGUUAAAACGUGUUGCUUAGCAGAAUAGAAAGGCCUCAGUGUCAUUUGUUUCCUUCACACCACAAUUGUAAACUCUGAUAGGCAUAUACUUGUUUAAAAUAUUUUACUGAAUGCAGAUAAUUUUAAGGAUGGCUCAUACUGUAGAUUGUCACUAGUGAUUUUUCCUUUGUCUGUAUUAAACCUUUUUAUUUAUGUAUGACAGUAUCAAAGAACACUGAAUUAUUUUAUUUACUUUUUGUACGUAUUGGUAGAACACUAGGCCAGUGUGGGGCCUGCUGUAUGAAUGUCAUGGCAAGUGUGUGUUUAUCUCCCGUGUAAGUAGGCUUGCCUAACUGGCCAAUCUUGCUUGCUUUUUUAUUUUAAUCUUCUAACACAGUCCCCAACGAGGAUGGCUGUAACUAUUCUUACAAGCUCAUGUUGUGCAGUGGUCCAUCCUCAUAAGAUGCUCCAUGUCUGCACUGCAUAAUGUCCCUGAGUCUCGCUGCCUCUUUUGCUAUAAUUAUGGUCAAUCUGGGAUCACCUUGUUUUGAGUUGUCAAGUGACCUCUUUAAACACACACACAACAAAAAGGAAUGUUAAUUGCCACCAUUCUAGAUUCAAAGAUACACCGCACAUCCCAAUCUGCCUUUUCAUAUUUCUAUUGUGUUAGAACUGUCAGUAUAUUUCUCCUGUUACCAAUUCUUUCCUCUAUAGUUUUACUUGGACUGGUUAGUUGACAUGCUCUUCUUAGGAAUAUAGUUAAUCUUUCUGCUUUAUGGCUAAAUAUUAAAACAAUGAUUUUGUUGAUAUUUGGAAUAUAUUAUGAUCCGUUCUUGGACCAGGCUUUUAGAAACCUUUCUAUGGAAUUUGCUCUAAUUUUGAAACUGUGCCUGUGUGCAGCAAAGUAUUUUAGCAUUAAAGGCAAACUAACAAAGUAAAUUACUCCUCUGUUUGAAACCUUGUAUAAACCAUGUGAUUAAAAGAAGUAACCAGGUCACGUUUGAGUGAGUUUGCCUACUGCUCCAGGCAAACUCCUCCCACACCAGGAAUAGACUCUUACCACUUAAACCCCGGCCCAGUUAUUUGUGUGGUUGAGGGAGUGGCUCCAAGACCAGGAGACAGCACCAUAUCCAAUACAGUAUAAUGAGCUAUGUUUGAAGAGUCCCUCAGUGUUCCCUACUGCACUACGUUAGACAAGUGUGAAUAUAUUUAUAUUGAAAUCUGCUCUUUUUUUGUUUUCUUUCUUUCCUUCCACACUGUAUUUUAACUGCAUUUGCCAGGUGCUCCAGCAGAUGGCAGCCAUAGUUUCCAGUUGCACCAGCAAGAAUAAUGGAUCAUGAUUUUAAAGUGUGCAUCAAUAUGAUAAAUAAUACACGUUAUAAGUAUGUUGAUAAGAUAAAUAUUUUCUGUCAAGCAAUUUUGUGUAAAACAAAGUAAUGGUCUCUAACCUCCUCUCUCCCCUUCUCCCCCCUUUCCAGGACACAUACCAGCUUAAGUUACUUAAGACAUUAGAGGGGCAUGCAUAUGGGGUUUCGUACCUUGCCUGGAGCCCAGAUGACAAUUACCUCGUUGCAUGUGGCCCAGAUGACUGCUCGGAGCUCUGGCUGUGGAAUGUACAAGUAAGCAUUUUAAUGGUGACUUAGUCUCACUGUAACAACUGUAUGUAGAAAGACUUGUAGCAAACCUGUCUGUUGUACAGUGGGCUCCUAGCUAAUUUCAUUCCUGACAUGGUAUUGGGGUAGCCACCCAACCUUUGUAGGAUUGCAACAAUAGUAUUAUGUAAUGAACUAUGCCACUAUUCUUGUGAUUUACUCACUAAAUACCACAAACCCCUAAACCACUUCAGCAAAUACUUUAUAAAUGGGCUGAUUUCAAGAAUCUACCAUAACUUCUUUACCAAUGGUGUUUACUGUGCUGGGCUCAACAAUCCAAAGCAAUGUGUUUGCUUUUUGUAAAUAUGGUUGGUUCAUUAAAGGUCUGUUAAUGCUGUAUGCAUCUACUUUAUUUUAUUUUUCCCUCCUCUUUCCAGACAGGCGAGUUGAGGACAAAAAUGAGUCAGUCUCAUGAAGACAGUUUAACCAGCGUGGCUUGGAACCCAGACGGCAAACGCUUUGUUACAGGAGGACAGCGAGGGCAGUUUUACCAGUGUGUAAGUCUUUCAUUAUGUGGACAUGUUAAUUGUUGCAUCCUACAGCCUGUUUAAAGGGACACACCAAAACUGUUGUAGUAAUUAGGCUGCCAGGAGUACCCUCCCCCUCAACUAAGUAGUCAAACUAUUUUACUUUUUACCGCUACCUGCCUCUCUGCAACCUAGAAGCUCUAUGACUGAGUAAAGCCUGUUGGUGCAGGGCAUAGCUCAUUAGCUGUCAUUCUCAGCUGGCCCUGUACGGAGAGUUUAGUGUAAGCACCUAGGUGCUUCUAAGCCUUCAAAUAGGAGGAGGAGAGGCAGGAAGCUGGGCCCAGCAGACCCUAGGUAAGAAGUCAAAUGGUUUGACUACUUACAUUGAGAGGACCAGGUUAAUACUGGCACCAUAACUACUUCACAAGCUAUAGUAGUUAGAUUUGGAGUGUUCUUUUUAAUGUGAAUGAAUCAUGCACAUUUCUGUUUUUCUUUCUCUUCAAUGUAGGAUUUAGAUGGAAAUCUACUAGACUCCUGGGAAGGUGUAAGAGUGCAGUGCCUGUGGUGCUUAAGCGAUGGAAAGACUGUCUUAGCUUCAGACACUCACCAGCGAAUUCGAGGCUAUAAUUUCGAGGACCUUACAGAUAGAAAUAUGUGAGUUAAACCUUGGGAAGCAAUGUGAUUAUCUUCUAUCCCAGGCUGCAAAGGAUACUUUAUGCUCCAUAGCAGCUAUACGUUAGUGUAGUAAUUAUGGUCCCUAGAGGCUAUGAGUAAUAUUCCUAUGGCUUUUGGCAAAAAUGCUACAAACUACUAUGUCACUGCAAGGGAAGUUAAACUUAUGUUUUGUGGUUUGUUUCUUUUUUAUGUUGUGUGUGUGUGUGUGUGUGUGUGUGUGUGUAAGUGUAAGCGUGUUAUAGAGAAACCUGUGAUUGGACUGUUUCACUGACUCUGAGCACAUGUGGGCAAUCUGAGUUGCUAAAUACAGGGGGGUUGGCGAGAGGACAAAACGAAAUAGGAGCAGUAGAGGGAGAAAGGGAGAGGCAAGCCAUGCUAUACCGGCAAGAAAAAGAUUAAUACGCUGGUCAGCGAGCACUUUGCGCUGUAGACUAGCGUAAAGUAUGCAGAGUUAACAUUUGGCUACCAACUGAUAUUUGGGCUACCUAAUUGAUAGGUGUCAAGGAGAGGGGGUUGCAACUAUCCCUCAUUUCUCCGUUAAAAUAACUCAGGCAGUGUUUCAAACUGAAACAUUGCACAUUCAGGCUCUCUACCACCAUGACUACUUCAAAUCACUAAAGUGGUCAUGGUGUUUGGAGUAACGCUUUAAGCACUGAAGCUGGCUCUGUGUUUGACCUAUGUGCUACAAUCAAAAGAGACGUAAAGAGGGGUAAUAUUUUUUGCAUUUGAAGUAUUAGGUUACUUAGAAACGUUUGACAAAUUUAUUUUUUUUGUCUCAAAGAAAUGUGCUGAAUUUAAGAUUUUAUAUAUCGGUUUUCUUUUGUUUUUGUUUUUUUUUUCAUCUAUAUUUUAGAGUGCAAGAAGACCAUCCUAUAAUGUCAUUCACAAUAUCAAGGAAUGGAAGACUAGCUUUGUUAAACGUAGCAACUCAGGUAAAGUCUCAGAUGCAUUAAAUCCUGUAUGUCUUUAUACAUUGGAUUCUAUAUUAGUUAUGCUAUAUAUUUGUUUUUAAAUCUAUUUCAUUAUUACUGUGUUGAUUUCUUUUCAAGGGUGUUCAUUUAUGGGACUUGCAAGAUAGAGUUUUAGUGAGAAAAUAUCAAGGCGUAACUCAAGGCUUUUACACAAUACAUUCGUGUUUUGGAGGUCAUAAUGAAGACUUCAUCGCUAGUGGAAGUGAAGGUAAUGGAAGAUUUAAUUGCUCAUUACAAUGGGUGUCAAAAAGUUCCGAUACCUCAGAUUUCAUCAAAGUGGAGGAACUGGGAACAUCAGACAUACAUGUUGUGUAUUGUUUCAGCUCAUGAGUGUGUUUUUAAGCAAAAUGUGAAGGAAUGUGAUGUUUGCUUUGUAUUUCCACUAUUGUAGUUUACGGUGACUAGUGGUAUUUCUGGUUGGUUGUUUUUGUUUGGUUUUUUUAAGUUUAAUUACUGCCUGUUUAAAAAAAAUUUGUUGUCCCCUCCUCCUUCUCCGUCCACAGACCAUAAAGUGUAUGUUUGGCACAAACGCAGUGAGUUGCCCAUUGCAGAGCUGACCGGGCACACACGCACUGUAAACUGUGUGAGUUGGAACCCUCAGAUUCCCUCUCUGAUGGCCAGCGCGUCUGACGACGGUACUGUUAGAAUAUGGGGACCAGCACCUUAUGUAGACAACCAGGAGUUUGAAGGUAAUGUAGUAAUCUGUGCUGUUUAGAAAACCUUUUAUAGAUUUCUGCAGGGUCACACUGUCCCCUUUUCACAAAGCAACUUCCGGACGAGGUACUCUGCUUGGCUAAUGAGAGAACAGUGUGCACUGAGCUGCUGACAUGAAUCCAACUCACAGCCAACUGCUCUCCUCUUAUUGGUCUCCUUUUCCAUUUGCAUGGCUAUGGGAGAGGAAUCAAUUGAUCUCUCAUUGACUGAGCUACACUGCUCACCUUCCAGUCAGGAGUACAAUAUGUGAAAAGGGGAGAAGUGACUGUGGUUGGAGUUAUGUAGCAGAAAGCUAUUAUAUAUUAAGACUGAAGUACACAUUCCAGUAUGGGAUGUUCCUAUAAAAAUAAUUUUGCAACUCACUGGUCUGGUUACACUCCAGAACAUGUAUCUCGUUUUGGGGAGAAGUUAUUCAUUAAACUUGAGGAAAAGGACUAACUGAUCACUAAAUUAAGGUGUUUGCAAAUAUUUGCAGCUCUGCUGUUUCAUCUUAAAUUUAUUUUGUAUUAUUUCACGAUCUGAUCAGCACACUUCCAGUUCAGUGAAUAAAGCAUAUGCCGGUUGAAAUAAGUGUAUAUAUUUUCUUGCAUUUGGAGUAAAACACAGUUAAUUUCAUUAUCAGCUAGGACUCUGCCCAUUUAUUUAUUUUUUGCGGGGGAGGUGGGAUUGUCGGACGACAUUAAUGUCUGACAUGGGAAUCAGACUAUUAGGACAAUGUCUUCACACUAUAUAAUUAAGCAUAUGUUAGAACUUGGCAAAUCAUUAAAUUGCACAUGUAUGUGUUUUUAUAUAAUUUAUUGUAGACGUUGUGCAACUGUGAUGUCAAUGUGGUUUAAGUAAGUUAAAAAUUAUCUCUCUCUCUCUCUCUCUCUCUCUCACACAUGUUCUUACAAUUCUGUUCUAGAGGAAUGCAGUAGCAUGGAUAGUUGAUGGCGAUUUUGGCGCAGACGACUUCUCUAACUUAAUAUUAGUCGUAUUUUUUAAAUGGCUUGGGAUUGGUGCAAACAAACAAGAUUGAUAGCUGGACAGACGCUUGCUGAAGGAAAACACAAAAAAACAAAACAAAUUCAAGUCUGAUGCCCUUCUUGGGCCAAACAUCUGCCACCCUGCUUCAUAGUACCCAGCUCAGAUGAAGCACGUCGUUAGAAUGUUUUUGGACACCGUGUCUCCCCCCAUCGGUUGUGAAGAACUGUGCUAUAUUCAGGCUAUCCAUUGAACUCAGUAUAUUUUCCCUUCUGCCUCUUUGUCUGGCAGAAUGCCAUCCUUGUUGCUCUUCUGUGUAAUGACGUUUAAAUGCUUGUUUGGAAAAAAAAAAUUAUUUAACAGUUUAGAAGGCUUGAUAGAGUGCUUUAGUCAGAGUAUCCGUUUAAUAGGGAAGUACUUCCUUUCUCUUGUUUCACACACAAAAAACUCUCCGCCUUAUUUAGCCUGAGAUCUUUCCAGCUUGGUUCAUGGAUAGUAGCCUUAUGUUUUUUUGUUUUUUUUUCUGUUUUGUUUUUUUUGCAGAGAACAGCAGAUCCGGUUCCAAGCAGUAAAACGAUGUUCAGGUCAAACAAAAUAUCACAUUUGACAAUGAUAAUUAAAACAAAAAACACAAAAAAAAGUUUUGUACUUUUCAAAAGAUAUUACAAACCCACAAGUGUGUUAUACCCCUGUAAUGGGUUAACAGCACAAUUUUUUUUAAAUAAAUUAAGUAUUUAUAGGACUAUAUUGACUUCAUUUGUAUAAGUUUAAAAUUCAAACCAGCUAUUGUAUCUACUAUUUACACACCACAAGAGGCAUUUGUCUUGUGAACCAGCCUCGUUGCACAGACAGUCCUUGCAGGGAGGAAAUGGGAAUUUAUUUUAUUAUUAUUUUUAAUGGAUUUCCUUUGUAGAUGUCAAUUUCUUUAGCUGCUGAUUUUGAGUAAAUUGCGCCAAGCUGAGGCACAAAUUUUAAUAUCUGGCUAAAAGGUUUUCCUUAAGCCCACUUAAAAGAUGUGGUUGGAUGCAUGAUAUAAAAUCCAUGCUUUAGUUUAGUGAUGGCAGGAAUUGAUUAGAUGCAUAUAGUCCAUAACCUGGCCUAAAUGUGAUAGACCAGCAGUCAAAACUAUUUCUUUCCAAAUGUUGGAAUGUGUAGUUUUACUUUUGCCUUCCAGCUGUCUACUUAAACCACAAUUCCUUGCUCUACAGCUUCUGGCUUUUAAAUGCUUACUCUCCAUUUAUGUAUAAAUAUAAUAUAUAUAUUUCGGGGUUCUGUUAUACUUUUUAUUUUUUUUCGUACACCUCAUAUACCAUACAGUAUCAGUACGCCUACAGUACUUGUACCAUGAUACAUACAAUGGGAUGUCAUACUGAUCACAGCUGCUAGCGCUAAAAUUGACUCACACAUUUUGUGCUACAUUGUAGGAACUCUAAAUGCCCUGCUUACGAAAACAGUGUGACCUUUACUCCCAUUUUGUCACAAAUAUGUCACUUGAGGUUGUUUUGCACAAGUUAGGCUUUAAUCUCCAUCCGUUGAUGGCUGCACACACCUGUCUUAGAAACAAAGCACUUCAUUUAAAAUAAACAUAGGGUGAUUAUCACUUAUUGUACCUUAACAUGUAGGCUCCCAUUGUUACAUAUGGAUUUUUUUAAUUUUAUUUAAAGGCAAGUAGAUUGUGAAUGUGCAUUAAUCGUGGUCAUCUGGGGGAUUACAUGAUAAUUAGAUAAUGUUUUGGUGGUGGUCUCAAAAUGUAGAUUGUAAAUUGGAAAUGAAAAAAAUGUAUAAAGAUGGAUUAUGGCUCUUUAACAGUACAAUAGAGAAAAGGAAUUGUGGUCAUCUCCCCCACUAUUCUAGUCCUGCACUCAACAUUCUAGUUAGGUGAUGGCCAGUGACUGGCUAAGCAUCAUGGCAAAUGUAACCUUUCACCGUUUGCAUUGCCAAGGUUUCCCACUGCCUGUCUAGUCCUUUAAGAUUCCAUUAAAGGUUGUUUUGGUAUAUUGAGGGCUUUAAAGUAACACCCAUAUAACAUGUUGCAUAACUCGUAGACUCUUCAGUUAUCACAGAAUACGUUUUUGUUUUGUUUUUUGUCUUUUAUAUGUAUACUUAUAAAAUCACCCCUUCUCUUACAUCCCAUUAUUUUUCAUAUAAUCUCUGGUUUAUAAAUGUUUUGUGUUGCUGUUAGUGGGUCAUAUUUAAUGGAUUCUGGGAGGGCUAGGCAGGUGAUUAAUUUCACUCUUGUGGGUUACCAGGACUGACACACAGUUUGUAUUAAAUAUCAUAUCCAAUCUAUGCAAUGCCCAAGGCAGCUUUGUCCUAUUUCCUGGGGCUUUGCUCUGGGACGGGUCCUAAAGCUCACCUAUUUGCCAACCUGCUGCAUAUGUGCUCUACUAAUUAAACCGUGCGUUGUCUUGAGCUGACAACAGACUUGCGAAAAAGAUUGGUUGUAAAACAUCUUCUCCUACCUUUAAACCUAUUGUAAACUGGCUAUUGUGAAAUACCUGUAGCAAGUUGGAUGCCUGCUUUAACCCGUCCCCGUUUGGCAGACGCUAUUUCGAGUAGUGAGUUCUUGAGUGUACAACGUGCAAACCAUUGCCUUAAAUGCUAAACUGCUAAGAUUUGUACUAACCCUUUUAUUUAUACAGCCUGAUUUUUUUUUUUUGCUACUUAUCGCCUAAAAAAUAAAUUGUCAAAAUAAACAUAGAAACCCUUGAUCCUGUUAUAAAGAUAAAACGGACUUUAUUUUCUAGUUAACGGGCUUCCCAUAAUUUCACAAUUUAGUAGGGCUGUUUUACCUGAUCUGUAUUACAGCAUACUGCUGUCCUAAGGUUCAGGUAAGUAGUUUACAGACUUCUCAUUCCAGGUGUUAUUGGACACUAAUGUCCUGGCUUUAUAUGUAAAAAUGGAAAUUCUAGAUUAUAAAGUCUGAAAAUGAAGCCUUUGGUUUUAUCUUCCUUUGCCUUUAGUAGACCUCAUUUCUUUUCCAAAACCCCAUAUUUAGUUUAAGUGUUGAAUACUGAAUACCUCUAAAAAUGACUGUAAUAGUUACAUAAAUAUUGCCAGAGAGUCAUGCAAUGUGUUUAUUUGGUAUUUUUAUGCCAAAAGUUUGUAUCCCUGAAAACAUUUUGGUACAUGUCCUUAACCAGUGAAAGUAGGGUCUUGUUCUACUGCUGCACUAGACAAAGGCUCUUGUGUCUUAGACGUCCCCAGGUCAGCGACUACUUACUCAUGACCACACUGCUAUUCACUAUUACUCCAUCCCUUUUAUAUAUCGCCUCCUCUCCUUCCCGGCAUGGUAAGUACUCAAGAACAGUAUGUGUUGUACGAUUAUUGUGCUUUGUUUUGCGUUAGGAUGUGCUGUUCAAACCUACACAAUCUCAGCCACUCCCUUUGUUUUGUUUUAUAGGGAGAGUAUGGGGAAUAUGAAUAGAGAUUUCUGUAUCUGCAUUCUUUCUAAAGCAUGAGAACCUAUCACAAGGUUUAUCCAGUAUUCACUGGAAAGUUAAAAUUUUUUGUUUGCCUACGAUUUCUCUCCUUUGCCAGUCAUUGGUUACUUAAUCCAGGACUAAUGUUUCUUCAAAAGUAAUGAUUGAUAAAGCUUUUAAAAGCAGUUUUACUUUCCCAUCAGGUAACAUCGAAUUACUAGGUCCAUCAGUCAAUUUCUAUUGCUUCUGUAAUUUGCCAAAAAAAAAAAAAAAAACUAAACCUUUACCUUGUCCCAGGUAAUGUGGAUUAAGUGACACGAGUGGUUAAAGGCUUCUGUGCGCAUUAGCAAAAAAAGUCAAUGGAACCACCUGCAUUUGGCACGUCAUGUGAUUCUGAGCCAUGUUUAAAGUCUCCACAGGAACUCCAGUAUAUUUUUAUAAACGUAAAUUUCCACGUGACACCAUCCUUUAUUCCCCCCCCCUUAUUUAGUGUCAAUCAUUUACUAAACGUGAUUUUAGAGCAUUAAUCCUAGCAGAUGCAGGAACCCUUAAUGGCAUCUCAGAAAAAAAAUAGAAAAAAUAUAUUUAAGGGGUUUGGUUGAGUACAGACCCACAAAGCAUGUGUUACGAACCAAGCUGUAGGGAUCAAAAAAUCCAUUUUUAUUGAUCUCAAGAUUUUUUAAAUUGUCGAGAUUUGUAUGGAGUUGUGGUGGAACUAGUUAAACAAUUAGAGCUUUUGGUAUGUAAUGACUAUUUGCUAUGGACUGAUAUUAAAUGUUUCAAAAGAUUGCGUUCUUAAAUUUUUCUGGAUUUUUUUUUUUUCUUCUUCUUGGUUUCUUUUGAGCUAUUACACAGUUUCAGUUUCUUUGUAUAUCACAUUAAAGUAUAACGCUGGGUCUUCAAUAUUUAUUUUUCACUGUUUUACUAAAUAUUUAGGGAACACCCUAACUUUUUUUGUUUAAUAAAUGUGUAGUGUUUUUAAACUUUUGUUUAUUUUUUUUUUUUAUAUACAUAUAUACUUUAAAAAAUCUUUUAAUAGGUUUUUUUAUUUUUAUUUUUUUUUUAUUAUUAUUAAUUGACCAUGUCAGUGCACGGCACUCAACAAAAUCGUUUGUAUUCCCUUUCUUUAAAGUCAAUAAACAGAAUGAAUAACUGGA